GCACCCUGGUGCAGAGCUGACACCAUGAGGACCCUCUCUCUGCUCACUCUCCUGGCGCUGGCUGCCUUGUGCCUCUCUGGCCCAGCAGAUGCAAAGCCCAGUGGCCCUGAGUCUGACAAAGCCUUCAUGUCCAAGCAGGAGGGCAAUAAGGUAGUGAAUAGAGUCCGACGCUACCUGGACCAAGGGCUUGGAGCCUCAGCCCCCUAUUCAAAUACCCUGGAGCCCAAGAGGGAGAUAUGCGAGCUCGACCCUGGGUGUGAUGAACUAGCGGACCGAGUUGGCUUGCAGGAUGCCUACAAGCGCUUCUACGGCACCACUGCUUAGGACAUGUGUGGCCUGGAGCAAACAGCAGCCUCAGCUAUGGCCCCUCUCCAAGAUUCAACCUUCCCUGUUCCCUCCCUCUGCCCUGUGAGUAUGGGUGGCACAGCUGUUCCAAAAUAAAGUC